AUAAUUAAAAAUGAGUGCAACAACCGAAAAAAAAGUUGUGAUAAACAAGCGCCUAAAGGGCCUGCCCCGCGAGGCCCUGGAAAAGCUAAGCCAAACCGAGCUAAUUGACAAAAUUGUGCAGCUGGAGGCGUACAACUUUCAGCUGCGAAAUCUGUUGCAAAAGAAACUAACGGAUCAGGACAGAAAUGAAGAAGAGUAUGCGGUGUUAUUUGGAAAGGAUGCUGACACAGAAGCGGUCUCCAAAGAGGCCAAGGGGUCUGGCAAGUUGCAGAAACAACGUAAGUUUGACUGGAGCAGUACCCAUCGGCGACAUGUUUUGCUCAAGAUCACCUACUUUGGCUGGGAUUAUCAAGGGUUUGCCUGUCAGGAGGACUCUAACGACACUAUAGAAUCUCACUUGUUUCGCGCUCUGACACGCACAUGUCUCAUAGAGUCGAGAAGCAGUGCUAACUACCACCGCUGUGGACGCACCGACAAGGAGGUGAGCGCCUUCUGCCAGGUCAUCUCCAUUGACCUCAGGAGCAAGCACACACCGGAAAAACAACUGGAUGCCACAGCACUCGCAACCGAAAUCGACUAUUGUGGACUACUGAAUCGCGUGCUGCCCAAGAAUAUCCAGUGUGUGUCGUGGAUGCCACUGCGUAGUCCGGUUUACAGCGCUCGGUUUGACUGCGUUUCCCGCUGCUAUCGUUACUACUUUCCCAGGGGAGACCUGGACUUGGCGGCUAUGCAGGCGGCCUGCGAUCUCCUUGUGCGCCAUGCGGAUUUCAGGAAUUUCUGCAAGAUGGAUGUUCAUAACGGUGUCACGAACUACAUGCGGAACCUGCAAUCGGCCAGGGUGGCAGCUGCUGCCUCCGAGGAGCACCUGUCCAAUACAGGCUAUGACAUGUACUACCUGGAGAUCCAAGCCAAUGCCUUCCUCUGGCACCAGAUACGUUGCAUCAUGGCUGUCCUGCUACUAGUUGGGCAGCGAAAGGAAAAGCCAAGCGUGAUCAGUGAACUGCUCGAUGUGACCACCAAUCCCUGCAAGCCCCAGUACACGCCAGCCAUUGGGUUACCUCUGAAUCUCUUCCGAUGCGAUUUUCGGCCUACAACUACAAGGAGUGCGAACCAUCCAGCAGCUACUGUCGAAGCAGAGGCAGCAGACGAAGCCAUGGACACAUCUGUCAUAGAGAAGGAACCCUCCAACGAGGCAAGCGAUCUCACCGACUGGAUUUACAGCGAGGAAAAUCUGCAGAAGCUCAUUGAGAACACACAGUGCGAGUGGACGCAGUUCAGUGUGAAGAGCACCAUGAUACGGAAUGUACUCCUGCAGCUAGAGAAUCUCUUGGAGGAAAACUUCAAGGCGAAAGAGAAGGUUCAGGAACAAGUAAUUCUCCUACAGGAUUCAGUGAAGCCGCGUCAAUAUCAGCCUCUGCUCGAACGUAAACGUUGCGAGAGCUUGGAGAACCGCAUAGAACACUUUGUCAAGAAGCAACGACUGAUUGUCAAGGAAGAUGACCAGGAAACGGCGUGACUUGGAAAAUUACACAAGAAAUAAACCGAACUUCGUGCACAACAUAACCCUUUUUUGGGGUGGGCCGUUGCAGUGGCUCCUCCUCAACAAAAGGGGAACCACAGGCUGCUGCUGCUGCUGCUCCACUCGUGCCCGAGGGCUGAAAACAAUACAAAUUCCAGUUGCAGACAGCGGAUUCGGAUCGCAUUACAGCCACAUUACAGUCGCUGCUGCGUGGAUGCGGCGUUCAUUGAUGCGAAAUCGGGUCAAUACGGUAUUUCGUACGACAAAACAUGCAUCGAACGGGAGAUGAUGACAAUUGGCAACUGAUUCUCUUUGGAAGCUAAUGGGAGUGGCGGCGCCUAUGUUUAGCUUCCGAAAAUUAAUUGAUUCAAUUAAAAAGUGCUUUAAAUCGGAGCACCUAAUACCACGCUACCUAUGUAAUUUAUGGACACCUUUGUUGUCCUAAAAAUAAAAUCUAAAUGAAAAUGAAAUCGGGUGGAAAGAGAGAAGCACUCGAGGCGCCGCCCGCCACUUGAUGGGAAAAUCAAUUUCCCGGCAUUCGCUUGGAUUUGGUUUCUAUUUUUAGGCCCAUGGAGGG